AUGGCAAGGAUUUGGCCUCAUCUUCUAGUGUGUGCCUUGGCAUUGUGCCUUGUGGCCUCUAAUGUGGCUGCUGCCUACAAGGCUCCCAUUUAUGACUCACCACGCCGAACGACACCGUAUGUUUACAAGUCACCGCCUUCUCAAUCUUACAAGCCACCAAAUUCUUACCCUCACAAAUCUCUUUAUGUAUACAAACCACCACAAAAUUCUCCAUCCCCUCCACCUCCAUCGCCAUCGCCAUCACCUCCUCCUCCAUAUGUUUACAACUCCCCGCCACCACCUUCUCCUUCACCACCUCCUCCAUACGUGUACAAGUCGCCGACACCACCUUCUCUUUCACCACCUCCUCCAUAUGUUUAUAAGCCAGCGCCACCUCCAUCACCAUCUCCUCCUCCUCCUUAUGUUUACAAGUCCCCGCCACCACCUCCUCCAUAUGUUUACAAGUCGCUGCCACCACCUUCUCCUUCACCUCCACCUCCUUAUAUUUACAAGUCUCCCCCACCUCCAUCUCCCUCACCACCUCCUUCAUAUGUUUACAAGUCUCCUUCUCCACCAUCCCCAUCACUUCCUCCUCCUCUUCCAUCUCCGUGCCCGCCCCCUCCAUAUGUUUAUAAGUUGCCCCCACCUCCAUCUCCAUCUCCAUCUCCACCUCCUCCAUAUGUCUAUAAAUCUCCACCACCUCCACCUCCACCUCCUUCUCCAUCACCUCCUCCUCCUUAUGUCUACAAGUCCCCACCUCUUCCAUCCCCAUCCCCAUCACCUCCACCUCCUUACUACUAUAAAUCUCCUCCUCCACCAUCUCCCUCACCUCCUCCUCCCUACUAUUACAAAUCACCACCACCACCUUCUCAGGUGCUAUUUGCUGUUGGAGCUCACGAUCUUGAAGAACACUUGACUGGUUUGAUUACUUGUCCUACCCCUUUCAUAAGAACACAAUCAGACAAUCUGAAUUCAGAGGUAACCAAAAGACCUAACACUGAUUAUAUUCUUUGGAAGAAAACUGAUAAAUUACUAGUUAGUUGGUUGUCAUCGUCAAUCUCAGAGUCAAUGUUUGCUAUAACUUCCAAGUGUUUGUAUGCUGCUGAUAUUUGGCUCACCUUUGAGAAGGAAUUCAUCACUAAAUCAAGAGCCAAAACUCUUCAUGUUAAGAGUCUUUUACAGAACACAAAAAAAGGAAAAUAUGAGUAUGCAUAA